CGCACAAGGUUUGUAAUGCAUGUCCAAAUAACCACUAUAAAGUAGAACAUAUUUACAAAACUGGGUAGUGAAAUGUAGUGUUCUAAGGUGUAAUGUUAGUUUUACAAAACCGGAAGUAAGAAGACUUUACUAUCCUACCUCGGCGUUAGCCGGCUGAAACCGUGCACCAGACAACGGAAAAUCAAGGAUGGAAGAAUUUGAAGAUGGAGCAAUUCUUCCUGCUCAGGACCUGGUUCAAUGCCACAUUUGUAAUAGAAGCUUUUUCCCUAAAGUGCUGGAAAAGCAUGUAAAAAUCUGUCAAAAAGCGGCGGCCAAACGUAGGAAAGUGUUUGACUCUAGCCGACAGAGAGCUGAAGGCACAGACAUUCCCACACUCAAACCCCUCAAACCAAAGUCACAAAGUUCAUCUUCAUCUGUGAAAGCCGAGCCUCCUAAAAAGCCCAACAACUGGCGCAAGAAACAUGAGGACUUCAUUGCUGCAAUCAGGGCUGCGCGGGCUGUUUCUCAGGGCAUGAAAGAUGGUGAUCCUUUACCCCCUCCUCCUCCUCCAAGUUAUGACCCAGACUACAUCCAGUGUCCUUACUGUCAGCGGCGGUUUAAUGAAAAUGCAGCAGACAGACACAUUAAGUUUUGUCAAGAGCAGGCUGCCCGGAUGGGUAAUAAGACCAAAGCAGAAGUGAAGAAACCCCCUGCUCGGACACAGUAUAAGCCACCUGCUCCUGUAAAAAAGGCCGCACCUCCUGUUUCUACCAUCCCCUCUGCCUCCUCUCGUUUACCACAAAGAGCAGGUUCAGGGCAGUCCACAGGGACUCCCGGUAAGACAUCUUCAGCGGGUGUAGUGAGAAGUAGUCCAUCUGGCCUAACAAGCCCACCCUCUGGUGUGGGCAUGAAGCCGAGAGUCACAAGCUCUGGUUAUGGCUCUGUAAGAAAUGCAUCUGGGGCUGGGGUCAACAAGAAGAAAGUGGACUCCUAUAUAUCUAGGAAUGAGAUUGAUGGUGGUAAUGACAUCAGAAAUGGAGGAAUAAAGAGCAAGUUCUGUCAUGAAUGUGGAGCUAAGUAUCCAGUCGAAUCUGCCAAAUUUUGCUGUGAGUGCGGUGUCCGGAGGAUGUGUAUCUAAUAAAAUCAUUUACAUUUCCAGUAGUAGGGAGUGGGAAUGCUUUGGCUCAUUUAAUGAACACAACAUAUCUAUGGCAAAAUAUCUAAAAACACUAAAAGUUCAAUCUGAGAAUCUAGUUUCACAGCAGAAGCAAGGUAUACUAACUUUUAUUUUAAAGUGUAAUGUUAUUUUAAAUGGAAGGAAAUCUAUUACCUAUUAGACCUAUUAGACCUAUUUAGGUACCACAAAGGUUACAACAAUUGGUGCAUUCAAAAGGGAGUGUCUCACAAGAUGCACGAGUAGAUAAGAAAAUAUUUUUGCAUUAAACUCUUUACAGGCUGUAUGCCUGAAAUUCUUUCUCCUUAUUAGAAAUCAGUAUCCCUCAUAAGUGCAAUAUCAAUGACUACUGAAAAUGUGGUUUUGUUCUGGGAAAUCCUCCCUCAAUGGUCACUUUAAUGCUAUGGUUCGCCCCUUCACUACCAACAUGUUUUUCCUAAUGUAGCAUUUUUAGAAUUAUUUCCUAUUGUUUUAUAAUUUGAUAUGUUAUUUAUUUUCUUAUUGCAUUUCAAACAGUGACUGCAUCUGGUUAAGCACUGCAGAUUAAAUUGUAAUUUUAUCAGAUUUUGUAUAAAGCCCAAACAUACUUUUUUUUCCCAUUUAUAAAACUAUUUCUGUUGGCAGUGUCAGUACAAUGUGUGUUGUGUAUCAACAUACACUAAAUAUUUCAUUAUGUCUAAUUAACCCAAGGACCACAUUUGCUUUGUUUGUCUCGUUAUAUUUUCUACAGUAUAUUUAAAAUGAGCUAAUAAGUAUGCUGAUACUGGCCUGUUACUUUCAUAAUAUUUGAUAAAAUGUUGUUAACCCAUAUUUUUCAUUCCAGCAUUUCACCACAGUUAUUUAAAUUUUUUUUAUUCUGGUUCGUAUGUAGUUGACCAGUCAAUCAUAAAUGCAGUCUAUAACAUGUAAAAAUGUCCCUGACUCUGCAUUUAUUUGCAAUGCUGUAAUGCUGUGCACCAUGCUGUAUGUUCUGCCAUAUAUACAUUACCAAUAAACCCUGGAGACAGCUGUAUAAAA